UGACGUCCAACAAUCGACUCGCUCUGAAGUCUCUCGGGCCGAGGCCUACGGAGUUUUUUUGUAACGCCCGCUCCUAAAAUUCGGUCUCGAUGCCUAGAUUUCGGUGCCCGUUUUGACCGGGACUGAGCCGAUGAAGCACUUUCUCCUGUGAACGAAGCAGAAACGGUCGGAAACGUUAGCCAGCUAAUUGUAGCUAAAGCUAACUGCCAGCGAGGAAGUGAGGAACGAAAAAAAUGACAUCUCGGAGGUGGUUCCACCCCAACAUCACAGGUGUGGAGGCUGAAAACCUCCUGCUGACUCGUGGGGUGGAUGGGAGCUUUUUGGCCAGACCCAGUAAGAGUAACCCGGGAGACUUCACGCUCUCAGUACGGCGAAAUGGAGCGGUCACCCACAUCAAGAUCCAGAACACAGGAGAUUACUACGACCUGUACGGCGGGGAGAAGUUUGCCACUCUGGCUGAGCUGGUGCAGUAUUACAUGGAGCAUCACGGGCAACUGAAAGAGAAAAAUGGAGACGUUAUCGAGCUCAAGUAUCCGCUCAACUGUGCAGACCCCACCUCUGAGAGGUGGUUCCACGGUCACUUGUCGGGCAGGGAGGCUGAGAAGCUGCUGACAGAGAAAGGGAAGAACGGUAGCUUCCUGGUGAGAGAGAGUCAGAGUCACCCGGGGGAUUUUGUGCUGUCGGUGCGUACGGGAGAUGACAAGACGGACAGCAGCGACAGCAAACCUAAAGUCACCCACGUCAUGAUCCGCUGCCAGCAUGACCUGAAGUACGAUGUGGGUGGAGGGGAGAAGUUCGACUCCCUCACAGACCUGGUGGAGCACUACAAGAAGAACCCCAUGGUGGAGACUCUGGGAACUGUGCUGCAGCUCAAACAGCCGCUCAACACUACUCGUAUUAACGCUGCAGAGAUCGAGAGUCGAGUUCGGGAGCUCAGCAAACUAGCCGAGGCCACAGAUAAGGUCAAACAGGGCUUCUGGGAGGAAUUUGAGACGUUGCAGCAGCAAGAAUGCAAACUGCUCUACAGCCGUAAAGAGGGUCAGAGGGCAGAGAACAAGAACAAGAACAGAUACAAGAACAUUCUGCCUUUCGACCACACUCGUGUGGUGCUGAAUGACAGGGACCCCAAUGAGCCCGGCUCUGACUACAUCAACGCCAAUAUCAUCAUGGUAGUAUCCGCUGUCAUGCCGGAGCUGGACUCAAAGUGUAACAGCACCAAGGUGAAGAAGAGCUACAUUGCCACUCAGGGCUGUCUGCAGAACACCAUCAGCGACUUCUGGAGGAUGGUGUUUCAGGAGAACUCUCGGGUCAUCGUCAUGACAACCAAGGAGGUGGAGAGAGGGAAGAGUAAGUGUGUGAAGUACUGGCCUGACAUGUCAGCUCUGAAGGAGUAUGGAGCGAUGCGUGUUCGAAACGUCAAAGAGACGGCAGCACACGACUACAUCCUACGAGAACUCAAACUAUCCAAAGUGGGGCAGGGUAACACAGAACGCACAGUGUGGCAGUACCACUUCAGGGCCUGGCCCGACCACGGAGUCCCCACUGACCCCGGCGGUGUGCUCGACUUCCUGGAGGAGGUCAACCUGAAGCAGGAGAGUAUCCUGGACGCUGGACCGAUAGCGGUACACUGCAGUGCAGGGAUCGGGCGAACAGGAACGUUUAUAGUGAUCGACAUCCUGAUAGAUGUGAUCAGAGAAAAGGGAGUGGACUGCGACAUCGACGUGCCAAAGACCAUCCAGAUGGUCCGCUCUCAGCGUUCAGGGAUGGUGCAGACAGAGGCUCAGUACAGGUUCAUCUACAUGGCUGUGCAGCAUUACAUAGAAACACUGCAGAGACGCAUAGAAGAGGAACAGAAAAGUAAGAUUAAAGGACGCGAGUACACCAACAUUAAAUACUCUUUGUCCGACCUGACCGGAGGAGAGCAGAGCCCUUUGCCUCCCUGCACUCCUAUUCCCACUCCCACCUGCACAGAGAUGAGGGAUGACAGCUCCAGAGUUUAUGAGAACGUUGGCCUGAUGCAGCAGCAGAAGAGCUACAGAUGAGAUUCACCUUUGAUCCCAGUGCUCAGUCACUUCCAGGAUCUCGAUACCUGACAGUUUUUGCCAGCCACACCUUGACGCCUGAGACUUGAGACCGCAAUGACAUGGAUCAACAGAAAAAAACCCACAAAUCCCCCCCCACCCACCCACAAAAACUGAGAGAGACCAGACUCCAGGGUCCUUGUGUACCCACCCGUUCGCCCUCUAGAUGAAUUUUAAACCACUGUGAUCGUCAGAAGAGCCUUUGAGAAGCUAACACCCCGAUGAUACUAAAACACACGUUAGGUUUAGCUCUUCAUCCCAACAAGGGCUGCUAACAGCGAGCACUCUCCUCAGAGGGAAAAACCUAGCUAACUUUUGCUCAUCUCUCAUUUUUUUCUAUUUCUUUUUUAUUAACCAAAGGAAAAUUAUGUAGGUUGUUUGUUUGUAGGCCUGUGCCAAACCACGAAUGAUUGAAUCCACAUCUUCUCAGCCAUUUAAAAGUCUCUAAUCGGCCGUUAAAGCAGAGGGAGACGAGACCUUAUUUGUGGACUAAGUGGGGCAAAAUUUCCAGUGAUGAUUGCCUAGUUUUCACUGUGUUAUAUAGAAUAAUGUUUCUGAAUGAAGAACUAUUGGCAUUGUAGUGUAAUAACCAUAUUUACUAAUGAUUUGUAAACUUAAAACAUGAAUUCCUUACGUUUUUUUUUUUUUUUUGUGCCUCGUAGAGAAACUUUAUUUCAGGCUGUUCGGCACGUGAAUUAACUUUUUCGUUGUUCAGUGUUUGUCAGUUAACCAUUCCUGAGCUCAAGCCGAAUGCCCUUACUGCUGCACUUUGAUUUGGCAGCGCUAACAGCUACAGUCGAGCCUUGAUUCCCACGGGUGGAUUUCACAUACUGAUCUAAUCUGGGAGGAGUUCGGUAAGCCUGCACUUCUACGUCUAAGUCAGGGGAGUCAGUUGUGGUUCUCAGACCCCGUUAAUACCUUGCAUUAACAUCCGUUUUGAGCAAGUGGGAAUGCUUGCUGCUUUGUGUGAAUGCAUCUCAACAUGGAGAUGACUUGAUAGCUCAGACUGCAAAUAGAGGCGGCCUUGGAAACCUUCAGUUGGAUUUGUUCAGUCUUGUAGAAGCUGCACAGACUGUCGUAUCAUCUGCCUUUCUCUGCAGUAGUCUGUUUUUGGCCCAGAUCCAGGAUUAUUUAGUCUGCGUGAAUACAGUUUUAGUGUACUCAGAUACCAGUUCAUGUGGACUUGAGCGCAGGGCAUGGCAGAUGUUAACUAAACCAUGCUGGAGUACAAGGUACUUGCCAGCAGAAAGAGUUGAAAACGGCACAGGUGUGUUUCAUCCUCUAAGAUGCACAGCAGAUAUGUGCAAGUGGGACGAUGGUUCUUCUUGGCAUCUUAGAAGUAAUGAAAACAUCCAUAGCAGCCUGCAGGAUGGACUCCACUCCUGCACAGAGCAUAGACAAAUGUCAAAGUUAGUGGAUGCAAUGGUUGUCUCUUCUUUUUUCUUCUUCUUGGCAGAUUUGCAAAGCAGCUGUGUGCGUACAGUCCGUGCACUCGUGCGAGUCUGUUCAAGAACAGAAUAAUGCUGCUCAAGUGAAAGCAGACCACACUCUGGCAUGGUUCAAGACAGUCAUGCCAAGUGUGUAAAUCCCUUGCUUAUGUCUGUCCCUCUCACUGGUCGUGAAGGGAAAGUAGUCUGGUUUUUAGAGAACUGGAUCAUCUGGCAAGGCUUAGUGAUUAGGGCUGGUCUUCAUUUGGCACCAUUUUGGCGAGUAUUAUGUCUGUUAAAGCAGUGAUUCUCAGCUGGUCGGCCAUCAUGACCCAUCACAACCUCUUUAAGAGAAAUUCCGACCCAAUUUUUUGGAAAAUGUUCAGCCAAUCCAUUCAUCAAUGUUCUAUACCGCUUAUUCCGUUAGGGGUGACGGGCGAACUGAAGCCUAUCCCAGCUGUCAUUGGGUAAGACGCGGGGUACACCCUGGACUGGUCGCCAGUCAAUCACAGGGCUGGCACAUAGAGACAGACAACCAGGCAUGCUCACAUUCACAUCUACGGCCAAUUUAGAGUCACCAAUUAACCUAAUAAGCAUGUCUUUGGUGGUGGGAAGAAGCUGGAGUACCCGGUGAGAACUCACACAAGCAUGGCCAGCCAGUCCAAUCCAUUUACUUGCAAAAUGCUGCAGUUCUGCACCUAAACUAAACAAAAACAUUAACAAAAAGGAGCUGAAACUAAUUUGUUCUUAAAAAGUAUACCAUUGCAGAAAGACAUGCAUGCAUGCAUCUUAUUUUAUUUUUUCAAGACAGCAUUCAAUUUUGGUUAUUUCGUGAGUAAUUUUCUUAUUAUUUUGGGAUAAACAAGAAAAAAACACAUAGAAAAUUACUGUAUGUCCACUUAGGGCUUCGAAAAUUAGAGUUUUUACUGCAUUUUUUCCUGGCAAAACACUGGAAAAAGCUUUGUGACCCACUUUAGGGUCCCGACCCAUCAGUUGAGAAACACUGUUAGAAAAAAAAUGUAGACAAGGAGUGCAGAUUUCUGUCACACAUAUGUUAGUUCUUACAAUCAGCUUGCUUCAACAUAACAAGCAUCCCACAAGGCUAAUGUGCAAAAUAGCGUACUACUGUUUACUUUGAAAUAAAAUGAAAUGAGGGGGAAAAUCUGUUAAAAAGGUGCUACUAGCCUCUUAGCUCAUGGCUAACUUGCUCCCAUUCACUAGAAUCGCCAGCAGCUUCACUGCACACAGCAUGCUACAAGCUACGAGGAUAGUGCUGCCUUUUUAACAGCUUUUCUCCCUCAUAUUAUCCUAAACAUGCUUUUAAUGGAAAUGGCGAUAAACCAUUUGUGAAAUAAACCUGUCAGAGUGCCACAUUACACCUGAGAGCCACGAAAUCAUUGUACGGGCUACAUAAGAGGCAGGAGACUGGGGUCUGAUUGCAGAUCACCAUCGACGAUGCAUCGUUCAUUUGGAUGCACAUACUAAAGUGUAGUCAAUUUAGUAUCUGAGAGCCCAAAAUGGGUGUUAAUGCAAGGUGUAAACAGGGUCUCAACUGCAGGCAUCGCCACAGAUGCACGGCUGCCAAAAAAACGUUUAAGUUUUUUUUAAGUGCAUAUUACUUUUUCUGUCUUUUUUUUCUUUCUUUUCCUUAAAGAGGAUUGCCUUUUGUGUAUUGCCAUUAACUAUUUUCUGCACCACAUGAACUUAAUGUUAAGAGUUUUAAGAAGCAAUCACACAUUUCCCAGCUUUGGCAAUAUAGAGAGGCGCUGUUGUGGUUGUUCAGCUGGACGCUCACGUUCACACUAAGCUCUACAGGUUUUCUUUCUCAGAGUAUUAGUAUGUCUUUUACUGUUGCUGUUCAUCAAACUCAGCCAUUUAAAGGGAUUGUUUGACAUUCUGGGAAAUUUGCAAACUGUGAGCUAAAUAUGGAGCUGCACACAAAGAGAGGGAACAGGGGGAUGGAGCUAGCUUAGCUCAGCAUAGCAUGAUUACAAGACUCAGGGAAGUGAUGAAUCCUGGGAUAAGAAAUAUGGUUGUUCCCAAAAGUAGGGGUGCACUGAUGCCACUUUUUUCAGAUCAAGUCUAAUUACUUAUUUAGGCUCUCCCCAAUAGUGAGUACAGAUAUAAAUACUUCAUAUUGCUAUUGCAGUCCUUCAGUUUUGCCAGAUAUCCCUCAUGCCUACUCUUGAUGAUUUAGCAAUGCAUAAUUUGCGGUUUACUCUGCUUUUGUCAUCUUAAUUUAUGUUGAAAUAUCACCUAGCUGCAGACACAUCGCCAACUUUGUCUUGCUGCUCAGUUACUCAGAGGUGCCCUAUCUCCAGGCUUUAUGAGUACGAGUUCUUGGCUAAGUAUCAGUGCAUCCCUAUCUAUAAAAAUACUGCCUGAUAAAACAACAUCUUCAUGUUUUAAAACAAAAUCUGCUCUUUUCUUCAGGUUUAUUUCAGUGGUACUGCUGAUUGGCUUAGCCUAACACAGAGACUAGACACAGAAGAACUGAAAGUUGGCAUGGCUCUGUCCAAAACAAAGGCAAGAAAGUUCAGAAAUAGUUCCAGCAUGAAGCUUCAUAGCUAUAACAUUAACUGUGUAAUGAGGAGACUAAUAGCACCCAUGUGUUUAUGUGCAAAUUUGAGACUACUACCUGCAACUACUCGGCUUAACUUGGCAUAGGUGGAAACUAGGGUUGUUAUGAUACCAGAAUUGUAAUCUUUGGUGUCAUCCUUUAAAAGCAAUCAAAAAAAAGUUGGGUUCACCCAAUAUAGGGCAGUUUCAUGUUUUCAGUUCUCAUAAAUAGCUGUCAAACUCUGACAUUCUGUCCAAAUUACAAUAACAAGUUGGUAAAGUUUUGAUACUGAAGCAUUGCCAUAUCAUUGGUGCAAUUUAGGCAAGAAUUAAAAUAGGGCUGGCAAGCAUUAAAGGUCCACAAUUAAAGCACUAAUGUAUAAGCACCCUCUGGUUGAGCCUCAGUGAUAUUAAACAAGCCCACCACUGCUUCUUAUUGUCUCAUUUGACUUAAAAACUCACAGACAGCUCAGCGGACAAGUCAAAAAUCAACUGCACCAUGUGUUAUCAAACAUUUGCAUUUUUACUGUUCCGUUUCUUAGCUUUUCAAUCUAUAACAAGUUCAUUUUUCCAUGUGUAGGCUCAUAUUAAAAUCUUACUUAAAGAAGCAGAUCUGUAUCCACUCAGGUAGUCCUUUGUUUAAGACUCUGGAACAAUCCAAGAUGCUAAAAAACCUUUUUAAAUGCAAAAUAGUGGACUUAGAAUGUGAUAGGAAGGACGAAGUUAAUGGUGAUUAAAACUGUACUCUCUUGGCAGAAUAAAACACUUUGACAACUGAAGUGCAAACAGUAAUGCUUGCUAUAGAAGGCUAACUUUCUACAGGAAGAAAAUCGUGCUAAAUAUGAUGCUGUUGCCCUCAGUUGAUUAGCCUAGCUUAGCGUCAAGUCUGGAAAUAUCUAACAUUCCUCUGCUAAACGCUAACAGCCACACUCCAACUUAAUGUGCUUGAAUCUAAAAGCUGGUAAUAAGGACUAAAAACCUACUUGUGAGGAAGGAGAUGAAACCUCUGUUAGGUUGUUGUGCUAAAUAUGAAGCUACAAUAAGCAGCUGAUUAGCCUACAUGGUAUUGUUGAAGCAGGGCUGUAUAACAUCAGUUAUUGUGGCUCCUUUAAGACUGGAGAUAAACUUGCUCAUUCACCCUACAUUCACGGAUGCGUUGUAGAUAUACUUGCCUGUAUAUUACGAGUGUUACUGGAGGAAACCUCUAGAGGGCACAUGUGAGCUCAGCCCAUAUACGAGUACUGUGUAAUAUGUGAGAUGUAAACUACAAACAUGGUAAAACUGGUUAAUUCUGAGAUCCUAAUUCACUUUGUAGGAACAUCAAUUAACAAAAGUAGCAUUUCCUCCAUGCACUGACUUAACGCUCCCAGUUCAUUGAUUUAAUUAGUGACCGUGCUAACGGGCGACUCUACACAGUCACUGUUUGAACUGAAACAUCCAUCUUUUUUUCCUUAUUUUAGCAGGUUUGAACAUCAAUCUAAGGACAGGCUUUCUCUGUAGCUAGCUGGUUUGUCAGACUUGUUUGUCUCCGUGCAGAAAGAAAGACGUAGAGAAUUGCUGACUCGGCGCAUCAGUUCAUCUUUAAACUUUCUCCAGUGGUGUCUCUUCUGCUGUGUUGUCUGUCACGCCUCACGAAUGUACUGCAUCUUGCAUCAGUGCCACAUUAAUUUUUCAAGGCAUGCAUAGCCGAUGCAUCAAACAUGCAGGGUGCAUGAUAGUUCUGCACGAUUUGGUAACGUGCAACUGUGAUUCUGCUGAGCAGUAUUGCAAUUUGCAGUUACACAAUCAUGUAGGAAUGCUAUCAUGAGUCUAAUGGCUUGGUUAUCAGGGAAAAUGCAGGGAAUAACAAUGGUUUUUAAGUGUGUUUCUCAACUCAAAGCAUACAAAGUCUUUCUGCAGGACAGGAAUUCAACCUUUCUUGUACUACUUAAUACAAAAAUAGUUGCAGUCUUUUAUGCUUGAAAUUGCAAUUGCAGUUAUAUCAGUGGUGCAGCACUAGUAUGCAUGGUAGCCAUCAUGCCUCCAUGUAGUUAAAAAGUGAGUACAUCUCCAGACUAAGGAGAGACCACCUGGUGUGCCUGUGUAAAAGCUUUACAGCUAUGCAGACAGAAUCCUUUGUUAGCUAUGUUUAAAAUGUUCUUGUGUCUUUAGUUAUAGUGCGAGAUGUUCAAAUACAUGGGUGUAAGCCAUCUUUUCUUGCACCCUCUGCUCUCAAAGCAAUUUCCAAAAAUGUCAGACAAUCCCUCGAACUUCCUCCCUACAUUCAGCUGCAGUAUUUAUAGAAGUCUGAUGUUUUUCUUUUGAUUCUGGACACUCUUUUCAAACAUGUGGCCUAUGAAUUAAUUUCGUGAAGCCUUUCCAUCUUCUGCACAUUUGCUUACAUCACUACGCCUUGAGGAACUGCGGUCUUGCGAUUGAACUUGCUGACUCAGACUCUACCAGAAAAAGGAAGAAGCAGGUUUCCUCUUUGCCUUGAGGGACAUUCAUCAACAACCACUGAUCCAGGACUGAAGCUCUUCUUCUUCAUAGCAUUAAAAAUCAUGAAUCCAGUGUUUUUUGUUUUUUGUUUUUUUCCUUUGUUUUCGGGGCUGCUUCCUCCCCACCAGUGGACUCUUGUUCAAACCCGGCUGCUGCUUUACGGCAAGUGUUCUUUGAAACGAUUCGUCUCCUCCCGGGUGAACGCCAUCCAUUGACUGAGUUCUGAGACCUUCUGUACUUUGUCGUACUGUAUGCAGUUUUAUCGUCACACGGAUGUUUCGUGGAGUGCUUGUUUGUGCUGUUCUGUGUCCUGUAUGUGAGCGAGGAUGUUUGUACGUCUUCUACUCUUUCUUUUUCGUUUUCUUUCCUGAUGAUAAAACUGCUUUCCAUUAAUCAUGUAAGCAAUUUAGAUGCAUAGACGUGCCUUCUAUGCAUAUGCCUAUGUGUAUGUGAUAGCUAUUAAUAAAACACAGUGCUCUUUAGUUCCACCGCCAUUCAAGAACCUGUAACACUUUAAUGUGAAUAAUUUCAACCUGAACAAAAAAAGGAAAAACGGUGAUCGCAAUGCAAACAAACUCUAUUUUUUAACAUGUAUAUUGUACAUGAGUACCUGGUAGAGGAGAAUGUACUUACUAAAACAUAUCUACUUGCCAAUAAGAUAUACUGUAUGUAUAUUCCUACAGCUUUCUCUCUGUGACACAGAGAGGGACCUCUCACAAAGCUUCAGAGGUUUAUUGUAUGACUUUCAAUGCAGUUAACCAUGUUAACUAAACUCAAUAACAAUAAAUGGCAACACGUGCCACAUGAAAACACA